CCCCGCGCGUGCGAGGGUCACGUGGGGCGCGGCCGAGCGGCGCAGUCGGGGGCGGUGGCCGCGUCGGGGCUGGCGGCGGGGACGGGCUCCGGAGACCGCGCCGCUCGCUGCAGGUUACCAUGGCUGCUGUCGACAGCUUCUACCUCUUAUACAGGGAAAUCGCCAGGUCUUGCAAUUGCUAUAUGGAGGCUCUGGCCUUGGUGGGAGCCUGGUACACAGCCAGAAAGAGUAUCACCGUCAUCUGUGACUUCUACAGUCUGGUCAGGCUGCACUUCAUCCCACGCCUUGGGAGCAGGGCCGACCUGAUCAGGCAGUAUGGAAGAUGGGCCGUUGUCAGUGGGGCCACAGACGGCAUCGGGAAGGCCUACGCCGAGGAGUUGGCAAACCAUGGUCUCAACAUCAUCCUGAUCAGUCAGAACGAAGAGAAGCUGCAGGCUGUCGCUAAAGACAUAGCCGAUACCUACAGGGUGGAGACCGACAUCAUCGCGGCAGACUUCAGCAGAGGCCGGGAGAUCUAUGCUCCCAUUCGAGAAGCCCUGAGAGGCAGAGAGGUCGGCAUCCUGGUGAAUGAUGUGGGCGUCUUUUACCCCUACCCCCAGUAUUUCACCCAGGUCCCUGAGGACACGCUGUGGGACAUUGUGAACGUCAACAUUGCAGCUGCCAGCCUGAUGGUCCACAUGGUGCUGCCAGGAAUGGUGGAGCGGAAGAAGGGAGCCAUCGUCACCGUGUCUUCCGGCUCUUGCUGCAAGCCCACACCCCAGCUUGCUGCCUUUUCUGCAUCCAAGGCCUACCUGGACCACUUCAGCCGAGCCCUGCAGUACGAGUAUGCCUCCAAGGGAAUCUUCGUGCAGAGCCUGAUCCCUUUCUACGUGACUACCGAUGUGACCACUACUGGUAGCUUUCUGCAUAGAUGUCCGUGGCUGGCACCUUCGCCCAAAGUGUAUGCGCAGCACGCUGUCUCUACCCUGGGUAUCUCUAAGAGGACCACGGGCUACUGGUCCCACACUAUUCAGUUUCUUUUCGCACAGUAUAUGCCUGAGUGGCUCUGGGUGUGGGGAGCAAAUCUUCUCAACCGCUCUUUACGGAAGGAGGCCUUGUCCUGCCAGGCAUGA